AUGUGGAUGAGGGGCAAAGACAAGAGACCCUGCUGCAAUGCAACGGUCGGGCAGAAGAAGAACGAGCACCCAGCAACAGCACCAGCAGCAGCACUAGCACGCAUGUCGGAGCCUCUCGCCGCGCGCCAAAAGAAAGCAGACCUUACCUCGUCUUUUCGUAUGGGUCAGGUGUGGUCACGCUGCCCGUCGUGGUGUGUAGAUGACCUGCUAGCCCAGCUGACCGAUAUUGGGCCUCUUGACUGGGUCGAGCUCGCCAAGGAUGACAAACUGAAAAGACAGAAAUACAAGUCCCGUGCUGAUCCCGUCUGUGUGCACAGGACGCUAUGCUGCAACAGAUGGUGGCCGAUUUCUCUGUCUCUGUCGAGAAUGGCUGUCAGUGCCGGUGGCAGAUUGAUUGUGAUCGAGUCUUUCGGCCACGAGCGCGAACGACGGCCGCCGCCGCCGUUGCACCCUGCUGCAAAGAUGGGCAAACUCAACCGUCUGGAGCUUUUCAACUUCAAGUCCUACAAGGGCCACCAUGUCCUUCUCUUUGGCGACUCCUACUUCACAUCUGUUGUCGGGCCCAAUGGCUCCGGCAAAUCCAACUCUAUGGAUGCCAUAUCCUUCGUCCUGGGUAUCAAGUCGUCCCACCUCCGGUCGAGCCAUCUGAAGGAUCUGGUGUACCGAGGACGUGUGAUGGAGACGUCAAAGCCGAGCGAGGAUGCGCCCGAGACGAACGAGACAGGCGGCGACGCUCUCGAAGACGAUGAAGGCGGCCGGUCCGGCCGUGGCGACCCCAAGACCGCCUGGGUCAUGGCAGUAUACGAGGACGACGCCGGCGAUACGCACCGCUGGAAGCGGUCCAUCACCAACCAGGGCUCCAGCGAGUAUCGCAUCAACAAUCGCGUCGUCACGGCUCAGGACUACAACCAGGCCCUGGAGAAUGAAAACAUCCUCAUCAAGGCCCGCAACUUUCUCGUCUUCCAGGGUGACGUCGAAGCCAUCGCGUCGCAGUCGUCCCAGGACCUGACCCGCCUCAUCGAGCAGAUCUCGGGCAGCCUGGACUUCAAGCCCGAGUACGAGCGCCUCAAGGCCGAGGCCGAGCAAGCCAUCGAAAAUCAGAACUUCCACCUCACCAGGCGACGCGCCAUCAAUGCCGAAAUCAAACAGUACCAGGAGCAAAAGGCCGAGGCCGAGAGCUUCCAGCGGAAGCUGAACGAACGGGACGAGGCCAUCGUGAACCAGAUGCUCUCCAAGAUCCACCACUACCAGCGCAUCAUGGACGACUCCAGCGUCCAGAUCCAGGACCACCAGGAGAACCUGGCCGAGUUCCGUCGCAAGCUGCACUCGGCCGAGAAACAGCUGGAAGAGGCGCGUGCCGAAUAUGCCGCUGCACACAAGGAGGCCUCCAAGGUCGAGAGGCGCAUCCGCACCAAGGAGCGGGAGAUUGAGGACGAGGAGAACAGGCUGAUCCCCAGCGCCGAAAAGGUGGAACAGCUGUCGCGCGAGAUCGCCACACUCAGCCAGAGAGUGGCAUCGGCUACGGAAGAGCGCGACGCCAUGGUGGCGCGCGUGCAAAAGGCAGAAAAGGACAUGGCCAUUGUCGAAAAGGCCCGGGUGCAGUUUGAGAAGCAGUGGAAGGAAACGCUGCAGAAGCAGGGCAAAGACCUGAGCGAGGCCGACCGGAAGGAAUACCACACGCUCCGGUCCGAUCUCCUGAAGAAGAGCGCGCUCGAGAUAGUGGACCGGGACAACAUGCGGCGACAGCUCAACAGCGACGAGGUGACGGUCAACACGAUCAAGGGCAACAUUGACAACCGGCAGUCGCGGGUGGCCAAAUUGGAGGCCGAGCUCGAGACGAUCAGGGAGCGCCGCGACGGCUGCAAGCAGGACGUGCACAAGCUGGGCCAGGACGUGGACGCGGCCAAGAAGGCGUACAACCAGGCCAAGUCGGAGCGCGUGCGCGUAAACAACACGGUGACGGAGAUCGAGGAGAACAUGCAGGAGAUUGCCACCCGGUUGGAGACGGCACGGUCUGGCAUGGUGCAGAGCCGCAAGGAGACGCGCAUGAAGGAAGUCGUGUCGCAGAUGCGACGCAUCUACCCGGGUGUGCACGGUCGCGUGGGCGAGCUGUGCAAGCCAAAGCAGAAGAAGUACGACGACGCGGUGGUGACGGCGCUCGGCCAGGAUUUCGACUCGGUGAUUGUGGACGGCGAGAAGACAGCGUCGGACUGCAUCCAGUACCUCAAGGAGCAGCGGCAGACACCGAUGACGUUCAUCCCGCUCGACAACGUCAAGGUGAACACGCCCAACACGGCGAUCCGGGGCAUCCAGGGAGCGCGGCUGACAAUCGACACGAUCGACUUUGACGCCCACCUCGAGCGCGGCAUGGCCUUUGCCUGCGGCGGCUCCGUCAUCUGCGACUCGAUGGAGGUGGCCAGGAACAUUGUGUACCAGAAGCGGCUGCCAGUCAAGGCCGUCUCGCUGGAGGGCUUCCUCAUCAACCGCUCCGGCACGAUGACGGGUGGCCGGAUGCCGGACCAGAAGGGCAAUCGCGGGAAGCGCUUUGCCGAGGAGGACGUGCAGAACCUGGAGCGGAUAUACGAAAAGAAGCGGGCCGACCUGGAGAAGCUGCCGAAGCCGAGCCACCUGCUGCACCACGAAAAGGUGCUCAACGAUGACCUGGCCAACCUGGAGCAGCGGCUGCGGGCAGCGCGUGCCGAGCUGCAGGCGUUUGAGAAGAACUUUGGCGGCAAGAAGAAGGAGGCCGAGGUGGAGACGAAGCAGCUGCACGAGCGGGAGCAGAAGCUGGCAGAGGAGUCGGCCAAGCUCGAGAGCACGCGCCGGGCCGUCGCACAGACGGAGCAGGCAGUGAUGAAGAUCGAGGACAAGAUCUUUGCAGCCUUUUGCACGAAGCACGGCUUCACAGACGUGCGGGAGUACGAGGCACAGCAGGGCAGCCUUGAGCAGCAGGCCGAGGAGAAGCGCGGCGAGUUCAAAGUGCAGCUGCAGCGGCUGAAGUCGGCCCUGAGCUGGGAGACAUCCAAGCGCGAUAACACGGCGCUACGAGUCGAACAGAUGGAGCGGCAGCUGCAGGUGCGGCGAAAAGACCUGCAGCAGCACGAGACGGAAAAGGCAAGUAUCAGCGAGAUUGUGGCACAGGCACGGCGCGAUGUGGACCAUCUGCACGCUAAGUUGGAUCAGAUCCAGGAGGAGAACAGCACGACGACAGACAAGGUGGCCGAGACCAAGGCAGAGGUGCAGCGGUGGCAGCGCGAGAUCGAGUCGCGGCUGAAGGAGAUCAACGGGCUCGAGACGGAGGUGCAGAAGAACAGCGCGGCCAAGUUUGCGCUGCUGCAGCGCUGCAAGAUGGAGCAGAUCCAGAUACCACUGCUAGAGGGCUCUCUCGACAACCUGCCGAACGAGGACCAGCUGCUCAACCAGGAUCCGGACGCGAUGGACGUUGAUGAUGGCGACGACGGCGUCAUGGAAGCAGCCAUGGACGAUCACGGCAUCGAGGUGAACUUUGACCGUCUCGAGGCGGAAUUCAAAAAUCAGGACGAAGAGCACAUUGAAGAGCGGCUGGAGGCCAAGAUUGCCGAACUGACGGCCGAGCUGGAAAAGCUGAACCCCAAUAUGCGGGCGAUCGAGCGGCUAGAGUCGGUGGAAGGCAAGCUGCGCGAGGUCGACAAAGAAUUCGAGGACAGCAAGAAGAUUGCGUACCGGAUCAAGACGGAAUUUGAGGACAUCAAGGGACAGCGGACCGACGUGUUCCGCAAGGCGUUCUCGCACAUCCAGGAGCAGAUCACGGAGGUGUACAAGGAGCUCACGCGGACGGAAGCGUAUCCGUUGGGCGGCCAAGCCUACCUCGACAUCGAGGCCGAGGGCGACGAACCGCCGUAUCUCAGCGGCGUCAAGUACCACGCGAUGCCGCCGCUGAAGCGAUUCCGCGACAUGGAGCACCUAUCUGGUGGCGAGAAGACGAUGGCGGCGCUGGCGCUCCUGUUCGCCAUCCACAGCUACCAGCCAUCGCCCUUCUUCGUGCUGGACGAGGUAGACGCGGCGCUGGACAAUGCCAACGUGGACAAGAUCAAAAAGUACAUCCGCGAGCACGCAGGACCGGGCAUGCAGUUCAUCGUCAUCAGCCUCAAGCCGGGCCUGUUUCAGGACAGCGAGAGCCUGGUGGGUGUGUACCGGGACCAGGACGUCAACAGCUCCAAGACGUUGACGCUAGAUAGAGCUACCCAAUUCACGACCUACCUCCUGGUGCAUCGCCCGUACAGUUCCCCCCACGUCGCUCUACACAACACGGACAUGUCGCGGCCAGUACUACGGAACCCGGCCACGGGCGGGUGGAUCGUGCAGAAGUUUGGUGGCACCAGCGUCGGCAAGUUCCCGGAGCAGAUUGCUGAAGAUAUUGUCCGGCAGUAUGUUUCGAGUAACAACCGGGUGGUGAUUGUGUGCUCAGCACGCAGCCCUGGCAAGAAGGCCAGCGGCACGACCAGCCGGCUGCUGGAUGUGUACCGGCGGCUGCAGCAGCUGGCGGCGGCGACGGCGAUCAGCGACGAGCAGGCGCAGACGGAGCUCGUGGAGUCGGCGCAGCAAAUCAUCCAGGACAUAUGCGACGAGCACCUGGCGGCAGCAGACGCGACGAUCGAGGACACAGCACUGCGGGCGGCUCUGCGCAGCGAGAUCGAGGCGGAGUGCGGCGAGCUGGCCGAAUACGUGGCGGCGACGAAGCGGUUUCACCUCGAGGUCAACGCGCGGUCCAAAGACCGGCUGGCGAGUCUGGGCGAGAAGCUGAGCUGCCGCUUCAUGACGUACGUGUUGCGGGACCACCAGGUGGCGGCUGAGUAUGUGGACCUGGCAGAUAUGGCAGCGUGCGAAGACCGGGUGCCGGUGGUGACGGGCUUUUUCGGCAAUGUGCCGGGCAGCCUGAUGGACGGCGAUGUGGGCCGCGGCUAUACGGACCUGUGCGCGGCGCUGGUGGCGGUGGGUCUCUCGGCCAAGGAGCUGCAGGUGUGGAAGGAGGUGGACGGAAUAUUCACGGCCGACCCGAGCAAAGUGCCGACAGCACGACUGAUUCCGUCGAUCACGCCGUCGGAGGCGGCCGAGCUGACGUUUUACGGGUCGGAGGUGAUUCACCACCUAACGAUGGACCAGGUAAUCAAGGCGACGCCGCCAAUUCCGGUGCGGAUCAAGAAUGUCAAGAACCCGCGCGGUGAUGGAACGAUUGUGCUGCCAGAUCCGGUGCGAGCGCCGGGUCAACAGCUGCAGAAGUCGGCGGCACGGGGCAGCGGAGCGGCGACGGGGCCACAGCGGCCGACGGCGGUGACGAUCAAGGACCGGAUCUCGGUGCUGAACAUCUACUCGAACAAGCGGUCGCUGGCGCAUGGCUUUGUAGCCCGAGUCUUUUCGGUGCUGGACCAGCACCAGAUCUCGGUGGACCUGAUCGCGACGAGCGAGGUGCAUGUGUCGAUGGCGAUCCACGCGCCAGAUGCUAGCGAGGGCGCCGCUGUUGAGGACAGCCACCUGGAGCGGGCGCGGCGCGAGCUGGGGGCAUUGGGCGAUGUCAGCCUGUUGCACGGCAUGGCCAUCCUCAGUCUGGUGGGCGCCGACAUGAAGAACAUGAUCGGCGUGGCCGGCAAGAUGUUCUCGACGCUGGGCGAGCACGACAUCAACAUUGAGAUGAUUUCACAGGGUGCCAGCGAAAUCAACAUCUCCUGCGUCAUCGAUGCGCAAGAGGCAACGCGGGCCAUGAACGUGUUGCAUACGAAUCUGUUUACGUUUUUGGAAUAG